CAUCUCAACAGGGACGUUGCUUUCGCUUUCAUCCAGUACCUGCUGGCCCACUACCUGCUGCGACACGCCGCUCGUCGCCAUGGCACUUGGGAGCUUCUUGACCAUGGUCCUCAUGUUGCGCGAGGCCAUUGCCGUGGUGCCGCAAGGCCCCGGUCUGGAAUGGCUAGGCAUCAACGGAGGAUUCAGCGAGGACUACGUGGACCAUUUGGGGCGCCGGUGGCAUCACACCAAAGAGAAGUGGACUCCCACUGGCUGGGGAGGAUAUGUGGCUUUCAAACCCAGGGACUACACCAAUACGGCCUAUCUGAACGGGAACCAAAGCCUCGGCCGCAUGAGAUGCCGGAACUGGCCAGCGGAAUAUGAGCCAGACUACGAUGCCUUGUUGCAACACUACAGUCGCGAGGCAGAUGCGCCGAACCAAACCUUCCGUGCCAAUCUCCAGGAUGCCUCGGCGAAAGUGAGCUACUACACGGUGAAGUACCAGUUCUGUGAGAAGAAUCGGAAUGGUGGCGCCAAGAUGAAUAUCAUGAUCAAUGGAAAGCUCGUGAAAAGGGACUUUACCACGUCGUGUCAUCACACGAUCACUGACAUCUACCACUUCAAGUGCAUUCCAACACAGAGUGGUAUGAUUGAGGUUUCCAUCCAGGGAGAUCCUACUGCAAAGAAGCCGCAAGCGCGCUUUUCGACGCUGGAAUUUGAGAAGUCCUUGGACGGCUGUGGUGAAUGUGAACUGUCUUGUGGGGUCAAUGGCUUUUGCAGUUCUUCUAGCCACUACGAAAAUCCCUACAGCUGUGGAGACCGUGGCAGCGAGUUCCUGCACAACGAGUUUGACCCUGAAAAACUGCGCAGUAACGCCAGUUGCGCCUGUGGCUCUGGAGUACAAGGCGACUUCUGUGAGCUGGGCGUCUGCGCGAAGACCAGCUGCAAUGAGCCUUUCGGUGGCGUAUGCCUCAAUGGCACCUGCGCGUGUCUCAGUGGCUACGCCGGGCGCAGCUGCGAGAGGCCGCCGGAGACGGACCAGUUUGGCUGCUAUAGCCAAGAGGAGGUCUAUGGGCCCCUGACAGUGUCGACCAUUUGCUUGCCCGAGCUCAUUGCAGGUCCAGCUCGUCAUGGACACCUCUUCCGCGGGCCCUCACCCAUGCAGGGCGUGUCUGAUCGGACAAAGGCCGACACGGUGUACUUCUCAUGGACCGCAGACACCAAGUAUGGCAAAAGGGAUGCUGCUGGCUCAGAAGGACGUGUCUAUGCGAGCAAGCUGAAGAUCGGGCCACAAGGUGCCGCAAUCUUGGAGUCCAGCGUGGCUUUUGAGGGCUUCGUCCGUGCAGGCGGAGUGGAUGUGACUGAGGACGGAGUGCUCGGCAUGCUCUGCGCGAAGUAUUGGCAUCCAUGGGUCGAGCACACGAAUAGCCAUUUAGACAAGGCUGCGAUGGUCUUGGCAGUUUGCGAAGUGAACACCAGCACCAUGACUCGGCAAAGAACGCCCUGGCAGAUUGGGAAGCAGUACCAGGAGAGCACCACCGCUCCAAACACUGGAAUUUGGGGAUCCUAUCCCUUGACGGCAUGGUUUGCCCAGCGCUCCGCGGGCUAUGGCUAUUUGCUUUACGCGCCGGCGCAACAGUUGUGGACCGCGUGGUAUGGCGCCACGGUGGGAAGUCACACGGGCUUUGCAAUGCACACUUAUCACCGAGAUGCCCCAGAGAUCAGCCAGGAGGAGUACGCCAAGUACACGUACCCCGUGCCACGAGAGAUGGUGGAACUUCGAGAGGAGGCGGAGGGUCCCUGGAGGGAUCACCACCGCACCGGCACGGGAGACCAUCAAGCGUCCGCGGCUUGGCGGUAUCAUCCGCGGCUGAAGGACAUCGGCCUCCAGAAGCACACGCAUGGCCCGGUGUACAUGCAGCAAUAUGGCCUGGCCAAUGGGUCGGUCGGUCAAUUGCCAGCAGGGGAGUUUGCCAAUCCCGGGCACAAGACUGGGCGCUUGGAGAUGCUCUUUGGAGAAGAUACCGGAAUUCAGGCGAAUGCCUUACGCCCCUGUGGAGAGGAUUGGAUCGUGGGGAUUAUUGCAAAGGUCGGGGGCAACGUUUGUGCGAAGGUCACACGACUCGGGGAGAUCACCACUUGGAAGAGCAUCGAGCCAUCGGUGGGCAAGAUGCCGUGUGGCUCCUCCGGCGGCGCAUGUGGCGAUGGUGCCAAGGGUCGAAUGUUGCGGAUUGCUCCACUGGGCUCCAGUGAGGAGGAGGCGCUGUGUGGAGCAACUGCCCGGGGUUGCUUCCAAACCGUGCCUGUGAAGCAGCACCAUGUAAUGUCUUGGUGCAGGCUUGCUCUAUUGCAGUUCUUGUUUGGCUAUGAGAAGGAGGACCGGACCAGAUGGCUCGUGGAGGUGGAUGGUGACUGUAAUGAGAUCUCUGAGAAAAUGGACGUGACCCAAUCGACCCAUUGGCCACUUUACCAGGACUGGACCACAACAACUGCUGGCGAAGUGGUUUGGGUGACCACCUGGCAAGCCGAUGUGAAAGGAAGCUUCGGUCCCGUGGGCAGCCCCAAUGGCGUGUGGCCCUACAAGCCCAAACCUCAACUGGAGGAGGAGGAGUACCUCUUUGACCUGACGCCCGAGGCCACCAACGCCGCCAAGGUCACGGUCUAUUCUCCAUGGAGAGGGACCACCACAUCCAUGAGCUCUACGGCGUCCUCCAGCACGUUGUCCACCACGGUCGUCGUGAUCUCCACGAGCAUCUGGCUCCUCUCAGGCUUUCAACCCGCUGAAGGAGGGGAAGAUCGCGCCUGUCGUGGGGCCUCAGCGUCCGACAACCAUGCCACUUACUAUGUGGUGGUGGAGGCCUCAUCGCUGGAGGCCUGUCAACACGCCUGUUUGGACCAGCCCCUAUGCUCCGGUGUGGAGUACUCACCGGGCCGCUGCGAAGUCUGGACCCGCCCGGGCGGCAUCCGAAGCACCAAGCCGCUCAGGGGCUUCAGUUGCUACCGGCUGGAACCGCCGGGUGCCUUUGCCCUGCGCCCCGUGGACGGUGGCCAUAGGGCUUGCCGCGGCCAAACGGCGAGCGACAACUCGCCGGAGUACAUGAAGGUCCUUCCCAUUGGCCGCCUCUUUGACUGCAAAGCAGCAUGUUUGCAAGAUCCGGAUUGCACUGGCAUCGAGUUUUCGCUGGGCCGAUGCGAAGUAUGGACUCGAAGCAUCCACGCCAGUGCGGAGAUUUCAAACUUCACAUGUUUAGCCCUUGAAGGUCCCAGCUUUCGAGAGGUGAAUGGCCCAGGGCAAGCAUGUCGUGGAGCUCACAAAAGCGACAACUUGAUGAGCUACUAUGAGGUGGUCCCAGACACCUCCUUGGACGCCUGCAUGUGGUCCUGCACGGGCCGACUGGGUUGCAGCGGCGUCGAGUUUUCACAGGGCCGCUGCGAAGUCUGGAGCCAGCAAAUUCAGGCCACUAUAGCAUUGGAGGGCUUUGCGUGCUUGCGGUAUGCUCCUGUUCUUCAGAACCUCCAGAGCUUCAUCCGGAAGCGGCGCCAACAUUUCCUUGGUUUAUUGCAGACAAGCUCCAAGGAGAAUCUAUCAAGAACAAAGCUUGAGGGAGCCUCUGAGGAGCUUUGAAUUAAAAGCUCACCAAAGUUCUGACAAUCUUUGAGUGUCUGACCCACAGCACUUCAUCGAUUUCUGUGAGCUUUCAAUGCCUGUUUCUGCCUUUGCUCUCGGGUGCUCUGAGAAACAGAAACUUGGAGCAAAACUGAAGCAGAAGGCGGGUAAGGUAUUACAUGGCUGUGGCUGAACAUAGGGCGUCCGAAGCUUU